AUGUUUCGAGCUGCCGCAGCUGGUCCCUUUGACGAGGGCGUCGCCAAGGCCACCGACGAGAACCUCACGUCCGAAGACUGGGGAGCUAUCAUCGAGGUCUGCGACCGCGUAGGCAGCGAUGCAAAUGGUCCCAAAGAGGUUGUACAGGCAAUGAUCAAGCGUCUCGCCCAUCGCAAUGCCAAUGUCCAGCUCUAUACCCUCGAACUUGCGAAUGCCCUCAGCCAGAACUGUGGCAAGAACAUGCACCGCGAGCUCUCAAGCCGAGCCUUCACUGACGCCAUGUUGAAACUCGCAAACGACCGCAAUACCCACACUCAGGUCAAGGCCAAGAUUCUCGAGCGCAUGAAGGAGUGGUCCGAUAUGUUUAGCAAGGACCCCGAUCUCGGCAUCAUGUACGACGCGUACUUCCGUCUCAAGCAGAACAACCCGACUUUGCAGGCCCCUUCGGCGCCCCAGAAGACUGGUCUGACCGACCUGGAUCGUCAGAAGGAGGAUGACGAGCUUCAGAUGGCUUUGAAGUUGUCGCUGCAAGAAGAGGAGAAGAAGAAGGCGCCUGCCGAGUCCAGCGCCGGUCCAUCCUCUUCCGCCGCCGCCGCUGGAUCCUCGACACACGCUGCUGCACAGCCCCAAGCUCACUCUACACCAGUGCCUGCUGGCACGACAGCUGCCACCGUGUCAAGGGUGCGAGCACUAUAUGAUUUCGUUCCUUCCGAGCCGGGUGAGCUCGAGUUCAAGAAGGGCGAUGUUAUUGCAGUCCUCGAGUCGGUUUACAAGGAUUGGUGGCGGGGCUCUCUCAAGGGGAAGACGGGAAUUUUUCCCCUUAACUAUGUUGAGAAGCUCACAGAUCCCACCCCCGAUGAGCUGGCACGUGAGGCGCAGAUGGAGGCCGAGGUGUUUGCAGAGAUCAAGAACGUCGAGAAGCUGCUCACACUAUUGAGCACGUCCAACACGGCGCCGAGAGAAGAGGAUAACGAGGAGAUAUCGAAGCUCUACCACCAAACGCUAGCCAUCAGGCCGAAGCUGAUCAAGCUCAUUGAGAAGUACUCCCAGAAGAAGGAUGACUUUACACAGCUGAAUGAGAAGUUCAUCAAGGCUCGCCGCGACUACGAGUCUCUUUUGGAAUCAUCCAUGUCGCAUCCUCCUCAGCCUAGUUACCACCAGUAUGCCAUGAGACCUGGUCCCGGCGGGUACCCAGGCGGACCGGGGGCGGGGUAUCCUCCGCAGGGUCCUCCUCAAGGCCCUCCCCAGGGCCCUCCUCACCAACAGCAGCAGCAGGAGCAGAGAUACUAUACUCCAGCACCCCAAGAACAACCCCAAUACCCUCAGUCUACGCCCUCGCCGAACUUCCAGCGUCCGGCACAGGCAACGCCUGCUCCUUUCUACGUAGCCGGUGCAGAGGUCCCUUCAGCACCGCCUCACAACCAACCGCAACAGUACCCCCCGCGUGACCAACGUAUUCCUUCCACGGGCAAGGCACAGGUGCCGCCGAUUAACACCUCGUCACCACCACCGGCCAACACGUAUUCCGCAUAUUCUGUGCCUCCCAAUCAAGGAAGGCCACAGAGCACUUACGGCCCCCAGGAGCUGGCAACCUCUGUCUACGACUCACCCAUUGCUACCCAUAACCCGAGCUCUGCUGCAACAUAUACAUCCUCCGUGUAUUCCCAAGACGAUUACAACAACGGUAGCCCCGUUGUAGGUAACUCGACUGUUCCAGCACCUUCAUCCUUCCAACCAUCAGCACCACCAGCCGGGCAACCCUCACAACCACCUCAACAGCCGCCGCAACAACACCAGCAGCCACAGUACCAGAGCUAUCAGCCACCAGGAGCUCAGGGGCAAGACAACUACGUCAGUGCCCCUACUCAGGCACCGCCGCCUGUGCCGACUGGAGCGGCUCCGCCUAUCCCAGGUGCCGGCCGUUCUGAAGUGAUGACACCGCCGCCCCUGCAGCCUGGCGGCGCGGCCUACGAUGCUAGAAAUAGCCUUCCGAGCCAAGGACCAUCACAGCCGCAGUACAGGGCGUAUGUUCCGCCCGGCGGUGGUGCCGAUGGGCCGAGCGCACCGCCCGCUGCGGACUACUAUCGACAGAGUGGCGUUUACUAG